AUGGAUUCACAGUUUAACAACAAUAAAGUGUAUAUAAACCCAAAUUAUAAGCCAGGAAAAAACAAAGGAAACCAACAUAUUUACAUAAAUCAAAAUUUCCUUGAAUCUAAAUAUCAGUCAAAUAGUGUAAAUAAAAUUUUUGUUAACCCAAAUUUUAUGAAGACUAAUAAUGUAUCUAAAAAAAACACAUGUAGAGAUUCUCAACAAUACUCAUCCGUAAAUCAUUUGUCAACAUUGAACCUCAACCCCCAUUACAACAGUAAAUUUUUUCAAGAGGCUCAUUUUAGCAACCAAGUUCUGAAUGGCCCCCACCUACAUUCAGAUGGACACAUAAAUAAAUCACACAGCAAUGUAAAUCAUCUCUUACAAUCAAAUUCUCAGUCUAGCAAUCAACUUUCUCAUCAGGGUCAUUUAAAUAAAAUGAAUACUCUUGCAGUGAAAUGUAACAAUACAGAUAUAACUCAAGAUAAUAUUACUUCCAAAUCGCGGUAUAUUUUAGUUCGAAACCAAUAUUCACAAAAGAUUGAUAAGGCAAAUUCUCCCCAAAUAACUCAGUCUUGUGGAUUGCAUAAAGGAGUUCCUAUCAACCGACUGCCUAUCUCCAAGUCUAGAUAUCAAUUGAUUAGACAUAAAGAACGCAUAAAUCCUGAUCAGUCAUCAUUGAUCAAGAAGGGAAACUUAAAAGUAAGCAAAUAUAACAUUAUCAAUUUAGACAGUAUAAAGAGCAAGAUAGGGACAAAAUAUUCUUUAGCAAAACCUAUUAGUUUUUCAAGUUCUAAAAUUUUAAACAACCAUGAUUUUAAAAUCAAAACACAUCUAUCAUAUACCCUAAAAUCAAAAGAAAAAGUGAGAGGAGUUUUUAACCAUACCAAGAAAACAAAUUAUAAAUCUGAAAUAGAGAAUAUUAAAGGCAAAACAAAAAUAAAUAACAUACCAUGUGCUCUAUUUUGUAAGUAUGGAAAAUGUUUAAGAAAUAUUAACAGCAAGUGUCCUUAUGUUCAUGAUAAAAAACUGGUAUCAUUGUGUAGAAAAUUCUUAAAAGGUGUUUGCCAUGAUGAAAAUUGUCCACUUUCACAUGAAAUAUCUAAGAAAAAAAUGCCAACAUGUUAUUUCUAUUUAAAUGGUGUUUGUGUUAAAGAUAAUUGCCCCUACCUUCAUGUUAAAUUAGGUGAUCAAGCUUCGAUUUGUAAAGAUUUUCUGAAGGGCUAUUGUGAGAAGGGUGAGACUUGCUUAUUCAAGCAUGUGAAACCAAAGAUAUCUCGUAAUGUAAUACAAUUUACAAAAAACAUUAAAGAAUGUUUAAAACUAAAGAAAAAUAUACCAAGUACAGAUAAAAAAGAUCUAUUACCAGAUAAACCAAGUACAAGCUCUGAAGAAAACACAGCCAUUGAAGAUAGAUACUUUAAGGAAGCAGUUCAGGAAGAUUUGAAGAAUAGUGAUUACAUUAAGCCAACAAGAUGUAAAUUAGGAGAUUUACCUUCAUACAUUAAGUUAUGACAAAAUGUGUCUUAAUUCAUAGAAUGUAAGAGAAUAAGUUAUCCUAAAUAAUUAGUAUUAAAUUAAUUUAAAAAGACUCAAAUUGUCUUAAUUUGUUCCUGGUAUUAAAAUUAUUUGUAAAAUAUGUUUUCUUAACAAUUCAUCAUGUAAUACUUAAAUAUACAACAAAACUGAACAAGUUUAUUUUUAAGCUAAUUACAGCUUA